CGAAAAUACCGCGCAAGUAUUUAAAAGCUUGUGCAGAGUGUAAACGGUACCUGCAACACUUGGCACUUUCAGCCCAGAAACAGCUGUGCGCCUCAGACGGACUUGGGAAGAAAUCCAUCUGACUGCAGGGAAGUACCUCAAACUUUCUUCUUCUUCUUCGUCUCUCCAGUCAGUCAAGUCAGUGGUGGUGCAACAGCGUUUUCGGGACAAUACAACUCUCGGUACACGCGCUAUUUUUCUAACGGAAUUGUGAGGACACCCGCCGCGUAUUGGUACAGGAAGAAAACCCUCUCAGGCUGGAGUUCUCAGCGUUCGGAGUUUUCAGCCAUAGCUGCAACUUACCCCGGCCCUCUCCACAACCCCCAAGACACAACACAAUGAUGGCUGUCGCUGCUGCCCAAAAGAAUCGCGAAAUGUUCGCCAUCAAGAAAUCGUACAGCAUUGAGAAUGGCUACCCUGCGAGACGUCGAUCCCUUGUUGACGACGCCCGCUUCGAGACGCUAAUGGUCAAGCAGACCAAGCAAUGCGUUCUUGAGGAGGCCCGUCAGCGCUCUAACGAUGUGCCUUCCGACAAUCUCGAGUCAGCAGGACAGAGAGUGCCUGAAGAGGAAGCGAAAGUAGUUUGCGACGUGAAAACUGAAGACGUAAGAGAAGCAGAAAGCCAAGAGGUCCGGGUGUCCGCAGCGGACGGUGAGGAGAAAACUGAAUGUCAACAAGAGUCUCACGCAACCCAUGAAGAACCAGAGAACAGCGACAUCUCGACAGAUGCUGAGCUGACAGAGGAGGAGAUGAUCCUGGCAAAUGCUGCCAGCGAGAGCCACGAGGCAGAGCAGGCAAUCCAGAAGGCCGUGCUGGUCCUCAAGAUGCGCGAAGGCAUUGGCUCCCUGGCUAGAAUCCUCAAAACCAUAGAAAAUUUCAAGGGAGCUGUGACGCACUUGGAAACGCGUACUUCCAAGCAAAUGGGCAUGCAGUUCGACAUCCUUGUAAAAGUAGACAUGUCCCGCCAGAACCUGCUGCUGCUGAUCCGGUCGCUCCGUCAGAGCGCGUCCCUGGGCGGCGUCACUCUCCUCGCCGACAACAGCGUCAGCAUUAAGGAUCCAUGGUUCCCAAGACACGCAUGUGAACUGGACAACUGUAACCAUCUGAUGACCAAGUACGAACCCGAGUUGGACAUGAACCAUCCUGGAUUCGCCGACAAGACCUACCGCGAGCGUCGCAGAGAAAUUGCAGAGAUUGCCUUUUCCUACAAGUUUGGCGAUACCAUUCCGCGCAUAGAAUACACCUCUGAGGAGAUCUCCACGUGGACAGCUGUGUUCAACACUGUCCUGGAGCUGAUGCCUAAGCACGCCUGCGCAGAGUACCGCCGCGUAUUCAAGAUAUUGCAAGAUGACGGUAUCUUCAGACCUGACCGGAUCCCACAGCUCGAGGAGAUGUCCGCUUUCAUGAAGAAGCAUACUGGCUUCACUCUCCGCCCGGCCGCUGGUCUGCUCACUGCCCGCGACUUCUUGGCCAGUCUCGCUUUCCGUGUGUUCCAGAGCACGCAGUAUGUGAGACACCACACCUCGCCAUACCACACACCGGAGCCAGACUGUAUCCACGAGAUGCUGGGUCACAUGCCCCUACUGGCUGACCCCAGUUUCGCGCAGUUCUCCCAGGAAAUCGGUCUCGCUUCCCUCGGAGCAUCGGACGCAGAAAUCGAGAAGCUCUCAACGGUCUACUGGUUCACGGUGGAAUUCGGCUUGUGCAAGGAGGCCGGCCGGGUGAAGGCGUACGGAGCCGGUCUGCUGUCAAGUUACGGCGAGCUCCUUCACGCCAUAUCAGAGAAACCGGAGCAUCGGCCCUUCGAGCCCGCCCUCACUGCAGUCCAACCUUAUCAGGACCAGGAGUACCAACCUAUCUACUAUGUGGCGGAGAGCUUCGAGGACGCCAAAGACAAAUUCAGACGGUGGGUGGCUACAGGAAUGUCCCGACCCUUCGAGGUGCGUUUCAACCCUCACACACAGCGCGUUGAAGUUCUGGACUCAGUUGAACGACUCGAGAACCUCAUGUCGCAGCUGAAUCUCGAGAUCCUGCAUCUCAAUAACGCAUACAACAAGCUUAAAAAUUCAACGAUGGCGUAAAACCGUGGUGUGACGUGACUAUUUGUUUCACCCGCUGUUCAAGAACCUUCCUCCUACUCUCAUCCCAUGCCGAGACUAAAUGGGUAAUCACAUGAGGGGAAUGUGUUCACAUGGACUUAACGACACAUUUGUUUCGUUAAGUUCUAGAACUCAGUUGAAAACGCAUGUAAUUUGUCUCUACUCAAGCACCAUGGUGAUUUCCCAAAGAUCUGCACACUGUUCAAAUGGCUGUGGUGAAGAUUGUCUAUGUUAUUGAGGUCCUUAACUUCAGCUACUUUCUAUUACUUAGUCCAAAUUUGACAGUGGUUGAUGAAUACUGCCUGCUAUUUUAAAAAACAGUAUAUUGACAGUAAUAUUGGAGUCUUGAAUUUGCAUGAAAUUUCGUGAAAGGCUAGUAACAUUCUUCACUUGAGAAAUUUCUGGUGCCUUCAUGGCACUGUGUAAGUUAUGCAACUCUGGCUGAGGUUUUCAGGUUACAGCAUGAUGUUUCAAGAAAGGCUCUCAUACCUCCAUGGCACCACAUGUGUCAUGCAACUCUGGCUCCUAGGUCGCCAAGUCAGCUGUUCAUAUGCCACAUGCUGGUAAUGCACCUGGAGGACUCAUUAUGGCACCACAGUCACGCGACUACAACUGUCCAUGUGACAUGAUGGUAACACACCAGAUGAACAGAGCUCUCUCAUGGCUGCAUGUAUUCAGUGUGCUUGAUGGGUAUUUGAAACCCAAGUCGUCCUCCUUUCCAUUUUCCUCAAAGCACUAAUCAUGUAAAUAGUGUUCAUCAUCCUAUAAUUAGUAUUAUUAUCUUUAAUUGUAUUGCUCCUUGUUGUACCUGUAGCACAGCUUUCUUGAUAGUGGACACAGUGAGUGAACUUCCAGUGUUACAGAAAGUGAUGCAAGUGGUCAGUUUUCCAGAGUUUAUAAAUUGGCACUACCAAAUAAGAGCUUAUUUUGUUGAUUAUAAACUGGGCAAAACCUUCCUAACAUUCUGAUCCGUAUAUCCUCAAACUUGCAGGAUGUUUGGAAGCUAAUUUAUGGCACACCACAUUUAAAACAAAUACAUUGGUUAAUUAUCCAGGAGGCUGUGUCUCAUACAUUGUUAAUGAGAUUCCUAUUAGUGAUGUAUGUCCACAGGACAGUCGGUGUAACUGAAGAGAAUGAAUGCUUCUGCGCUCUAUAUGUCUUGUAAUUAAAUUAAUUAUAUUUUACUUAUAAUAUCUUCUUUUUUAUUUCCAUGACUGAAUGAAUGAAUUAUGACAGUAGACCUAUACUUAUUUCAGCAAAAAUAUAUAUUAUUUUUGUAUAUUAUAUUUCUCAUUUCCUACAUGCACAUGAGUAGUCCAUGUCUGCAAGUUUACAUACAAAUCAGAAAUAUGUAUAUCAAACUACUGAUAUCAAGAAAAUUGUAAAAGUGUCUCUUCUGAACAAUUAUGGCUUGUGAUCCUAACAUUAUAUUCUAUGUUCUCAAAAUAUUAUCACAAAAUAAAAUUUCUUUAUUGUAAUAAGCACAAUCUUCAGAAAGAUUAUUUUAUUUAAAUUCGCAUCUAUGAAGAUCUAAUAACAUAUAUUUUGUUCACAUAAGAGUUCCUCAAAUUUAUUUCAUGCACAUAUGAUAGUGGGAUAUCUGCAAAUUAUUAUUAAUUUUUAGCCUGUAAUUUGUAAGAGUAUUAUUAUUCAAUGAUUAUUAAGAUAUUUUUCCCACACAAAGCUAAGACAUAUGUUGCAUAAUAGCACAACAGAAUUUUAAAUACUAUUAGCAUAGAAUGCUUGAGUGGUUAUAAACUAUCUCAACAUCUAUGCAAGGAUUCUGGAACUUUUAUGACAGGGAAGAAACAAUAUAAAGAAAAAACACAAAAUGCAUAUAAAAAUUUGUGUAUAAAAUACAUGUAUAUUGUGGUUGUAGUUCCAUGAUAUGUCCUGCAUCUGUAUUUCUUUGGCUGUCUUAAUCUGAGUUGAUGAGUUGAUGGCUGGAUGUAUCCACCUUCACAAAUAAAUGGUUAUCAAUUGCA